AGGUCGGCCCCGGCAAGAUGGCGGCCCCCUUGGAACUCAGUUGCUGGGGAGGCGGCUGGGGGCUCCCGUCGGUGCACAGCGACUCCCUGGUGGUGAUGGCUUACGCCAAAUUUUCUGGUGCACCCCUGAAAGUCAAUGUCAUAGAUAACACCUGGAGAGGUUCAAGAGGAGAUGUACCGGUUUUGACAACUGAAGACAAUACUAUUUCUCAGCCAGCAAAAAUACUAAACUUUUUAAGAAAACAGAAAUACAAUGCUGAUUAUGAACUUUCAGCAAAACAAGGGGCAGAUACGCUAGCUUACAUUGCUCUCCUUGAAGAGAAGCUUCUUCCUGCAGUGCUUCACACAUUCUGGGUUGAGAGUGACAAUUACUUUACUGUGACAAAGCCAUGGUUUGCUUCACGAAUGCCUUUUCCGUUGAGUUUGAUCCUGCCUGGAAGAAUGUCUAAAGGAGCACUGACUAGGAUUCUCCUAACCAGGGGAGAGCCUCCCCUCUACCACCUUCGAGAAGUAGAAGCUCAGAUAUACAGAGAUGCGAAGGAGUGCCUAAAUCUUCUGUCAAACAGAUUGGGAACAUCUCAGUUUUUCUUUGGAGAUAUGCCUUCCACGUUGGAUGCCUAUGUGUUUGGCUUUCUCGCACCUCUUUAUAAAGUACGUUUUCCUAAAGUUCAGUUACAAGAACAUUUGAAGCAGCUCUCCAACCUGUGUCGCUUUUGUGAUGACAUCCUAAACAGUUAUUUUAGGGUUAGUCUUGGAGUUACGAGAACUUGAGGAAUUGGGCCACAAUGAGAACUUCGUGGAGAUGAGAAGAAGACCAAAUAAUUCUAAGGAGGACAAACCCUGAGCAGGUAAUGCUUAAUGUAUCCAUUCCCCACUCCGAAGAGAAGAGCAGAACAUCAGUGCAGAGAAUCUCCUGAAGGAGUGAGCUGGAAAGGAGAGGUGUCAAAGGCAUAUUUCUUGUAGUUGCAGGUCCAUCUUGUAAGGUAUGUUAAUGGCUCAUAUUGGAAGCUUGAGGCUGAAUGUGUUACCUAUCCCCAGUCAUAGUUGGGGACAGAAGGCCCUUAGGCUAAGAAAAUUCAUCCGCUUAUUCAACAGGUAUUUACUGAGUAUCUCCUAUGUUCCAGGCACUGUUACUAGAACCGAGGAUACAAUGAACAAAACACAGGUCUCUGCUGUUGCAGUUCUACAUUCUAGAAGGGGGGACAAUUAACAAUGAACCUAAUGAACAGCAGAGUAUACAAUGUGGUGGAAAGUGGUAAGUGCUAUGGGAAAUGAACGUAGAGCAGGAUAAGGGGGUUGGGAGUGCUGGGACUGAGGGCAAGUGACAAUACUAAAGGGUGGCAUAGGCCCACUGUGAAGAUGAGCCAAGCCUUGAAUGAAGCGUGAGGUGGCCUGGAUAUCUCAUGAGAGCAUGCCGGGCAGAGGGCACAGGUGGAGCAGUGGUCCUAAGGGAAGUUUUGUCGAGCUUGUCUGAGAAUCAGCAAGGAGGCCAGCGUCUCUGGAGGAGCAUGAGCAAGGUACAGAGUGACAGAGAUGAAGUCAGUAAGAUAUGGGGUGGGGGCAGCCCAGGUAAGAGCCUACGGGUAUUUGUAAGCCUUUGUUUGACCUUUACUCUAAGCAGAGAAGUGAUGUCGCUGAUUGCUUUUUAAAAGGACUCCUUGAAUUGUGGUCCUGAGGAUUGACAAGAGUGUGAGCAGAAGGACCGUGGGGAGCAUUGUAUAGUCAUCUAGCCAAGAGACGGUAGUGGCUCAGAUGGAUUAGAAUGGCAUCAGGGGAAGUGGUAAGAAGAGGUUGGAUUCUGAAUGUAUUUUGUGGGUACCACCACCAAGAUUUCUCGACUGAUUAGAUGUGGGUUGUAAGAAAAAGAGAAAAAUGACUUAAGGAAUUUGGGCAUGAGCACCAGAUGGAUCGAGUUGCCAUCAACUGAGAUGGGAAAGACUCUGAGAGGAACAGAUUUUGAGAAGACUGGGGGUUUCAUUUUUGACAUGUUGAAUUUGUGAUAUCUGUUACACAUCCAAGUAGAGAUGGUGAGUAAGCACUUUUGUAGACGUAAGUUUGGAGUUCAGGAGAUACAGCUGAAGAGUCAUGAGGAUGAUGUUAUUUAAAACCACGAAACUAAAUGAGAUCAUCAAGGGCUUAAGUGGUAGAGAAGAGAAGAAGUCUAAGAACUAAGACCAGGAUGCUGAACAUCAAGAGACCAUGGACAGAAGCAGUGAGGAAGCCUGAGACCAAUCAAGCUGGAGGAAAAUCAAAGGAAGGUGAUGUCCUUGAAGCCACAUGAAGAAGGAAGAGGGAGAGAUUAAACACAAUGACUAGAGUGAUAGCCUGUGUAGGAAAGGGACCACGUGACUGCUGGAUUUAGCAAAAUGACCCCGAGGAGCAGUUUCCAUGGACUGGGGGAUAGGAAUUAGUUCAAGAGGGACUAGGAAGAGAGGAGUGAGAAGAAACAAAUGACUGUGAAAUGAUGACUGAAAAUUGUAACCAGCACAACAGAGCUGGGAAAGAUAUCUAGAGGUAAAACUGCCUUCCCUUGGGUCCUUGAGCUACCACCAGGGAGGCAGCCACCUAUUUAUGUAUGUAUAUUUAUGUAUAGCUGCAAAUCAAGUCAGCAUGCAGCCAGCAGUGUUGAGCUAGGUCAUUAGGAAACCGUCCCCAGUAACAGAGAUUCAAAUGGGGUUUAAUUGAGUUUGUCAAGGGACUUUUUAUUUAUUACAAAAAUAUUGCUGCUUCAAACAUGGGCUUUUUCUCAAAAUGAUGAGCGAAAUUCUUUUGUGAAUAAGAUCUAGCAUAUGAGUAUGUUUAUACUUAGUUAAGCCAGAGGAAGCAGAGACCAAGUCCAUCCCUGGAGUAUUCUUUGUCUAGAGGAUUUCAGCUUCUGUGGUUUAGGUAAUAGAGUUGGUUUCCUCUGUCUAGGCCUGGGGCCCAGAGAACUGAGCCCACAUGAAGUAAAUCUGCAUCUUUAUUUUCUGUUUGAGCUACUUAAUGACUGUGCAUUCAUCAGGGGACAGGAUGAGAACACAUUUGAAAAUUAAAGGGUUAUUGCUAUAGAAAGCAUUGAGAAUGCCGUGUGAAGCCUAAGUAUGUUUCAGGAAAAGCGUAGUGUUUUAAAGGCACAGACUAGUCUGUAAACAAACCAGAAACCCUGGUGUUAACGCUUUCCCUAUCUAGUCACUCACUGAGUCCUGUCUGUUUCUCACUGUGGUUAUCACUGGAAUCUGAACGGUGCCUACCAUGGUUCACUGCCAUCCUGGGUCACCGCUGCAGAAACACCGUCAGCCUCCCACCUUCUGGUUUGAUCCUUUCCAAACUGUUCUCCACAGUGUUCAAGAGCGAUCUUUCUAAAAUGCAUAAAGAACAUGCUUCACCCUUGCUUAAUACCUUUUAAUGGUGCCUUGUGGUGUUGGAGAAGACUUGAGAGUCCCUUGGACUGCAAGGAGAUCAAACCAGUCAA